AUGACUGAAAAUUCAACAACUUUACUCGAAAAUCAAAGUCGAAGUAAUAAUCGGCUCAUAGAAAAUUACAGAUUAACCUGGGAACCGAGACUAAACAAUUGCGUCGAUUUAACUACUUAUAUGCUCACGGCAAAUAGUAUAGACGUUCUUAAAUGUGCUGCUUCUUUGGUUAAACUUGGUCGGGAAAUUCCGUUUUUUGAAACAUUCGUCAAAGAAAGGAAACUUUCCAC